AGGUCAGUAUGUGUAUUUGCAAUGACCUAAAUAGAAUUGUAGUAUCUACAGACUUGUCAAAUAUGGCAGCUUCUAUCCCGAUCUAUACAGUUGAUGCUUUCACGGAUGUUCCAUUUGAAGGGAAUCCGGCAGCAGUCUGUCCGCUGAUGUGUAAUUCUGAAAUAUCUGAUCAUAUUCUCCAGAAAAUUGCUAUAGAAAUGAAUCUUUCAGAAACAGCUUUUCCAAAACUUUUAUCAGCAGAUGAUUCAUUUGAAAAAAGUACCACGUUUGGGUUGAGAUGGUUUACUCCGAAGGAAGAAAUCAAACUCUGUGGACACGCAACCCUGGCGACAGCAGCUAUUUUAUUUGAUAAAUUUGGUAACUCGUCCGGUUCGAUAACAUUUCAGACUUUAAGUGGGGAUUUAAUAGUAAGAAAAGAAGGAGAUUUGUUUCGCAUGGAUUUCCCAACAGGAUACACAGAAACACAGGAGCCAAGUGACUAUAACGAACUAAUAACGUCUCUUGGUGAUAUUACUGGGGUAGAAGAUGUGGUAUAUUGUUCGUCUUUACGAUAUUUAUUAGUUCGUCUAAAAGAUGGUUGGACAAGAAAGCAAUUUGAAGAAUGGCAGUUACAAAUGGGUGACUUACACAAGUCAACUGAUACGCUCGUUGUUUUGAUAGUUACCAUGAAGGGAUCCCCUGAACAAGGAUUUUUGGAUAAAAUAGGAAAUCAUUAUGAUUUCGUUUCUCGGUGCUUUGCGCCGUGGAUGAAAGUACCGGAGGAUCCUGUCACUGGUUCUGCACAAACAGUUCUGGCUCAUUAUUGGUCAAAGGUGCUAAGUAAAACUAAGUUUUAUGUACGCCAGUGUUCAGAAAGAGGAGGCGAUAUUCAGAUAAUUUUGAAAGAUGACCGAGUUGAUAUUCUCGGGAAAGCUAGAAUUGUCACGGAAGGAACAUUUAUGUUUUAGACAUUUUUAAGGGUUGGAGUAAAAGCCCC